CGACAUCCACGUCCAAGCAAGUCUAAUUAUUACCAUUAAACCCCACCAUACUACCUAUUACCUAUUACCUAUUACCCACUACCCACUUCAAGCACCGCAAUGCCCCCACCAAACAUCUACCUCACGGGCGCGCACUGCAGCGGCAAAACGACGCUUUUACAAGCCCUGCAAACGCACUUCCUAACUCAAAUUCAUACCAAACAACCCACCAUCAUCAACGAGGUCGUCCGCCCCGUCAUGCGCGCCCAUGCUUUCACUGCCGCAGACGUCAAAGACGAAUCGAAAGGCCCGAUCCUCCAGCGCGCUACCCUGGCCGCGCAGUUUGUGGCUGAGCAGCGCUGUAACUACAACGACAAGGACAAAGGCGAGGGCGAGACGACGUGGUUCAUCUCCGACCGCUCGGGCCUCGAUCCCAUCGUCUACGCGCAGACGUACGUGGGGAGCGCAGCUGCGGCCGCGCUGCAAGAGUCGUUCGAGUGGGGCGUGCUGAGGGAGAAUAUGCGCGGCGCGUUGGUCGUGCUGUAUGAGGCUGGAAAUGCGGACUGGGUUAGUGCUGAUGAGGUGCGCGUAAAGUAUGAGACUGUCGAGGAGUGGGAAGCGCUGCAUAGGUGUUUUGUUAAGAUGCUGGGGGAGCAGGGGAUUGCGUUUGUGGUGCUGCCGAAAGAGACGGUGGACUUGGGGGAGAGGGUGCGGUUUGUGGUCGAGGCGAUGGAGGCCCGGAUGAAGUCGAGUACGUAG